ACUGUUAUUGUCCGUCACAGGAGAAGACAACCUCUUCUCCCUGUGCUCAGUGAGACCACCCAAGCUCUCCUCCACCACAGAAUUCAAUCGCCCCAAAAAAACCUAAUUCUCAACCCCAAUAAUUAUUUUACAAAUUGAUAGAAACCCAAAACCAAUAUCUGCUACAGAUCUCAAAAACCCACUCGCGAUCUGUUACAGAUGCUCCGACGGUCAACCCCAAGACAGUAACUUUUUUUAUUUAUUUAUUUUUUUUUAUAUAUACCAUCUUUAGCACAAUUGUAUCGGGAAACAGUCUCCCGGAGCAAGCUUUCUGGGGAAACAAACGUGGUGGUGAUUGAGAAUGAGGCGGAGGCCGGUGGAUUUUCGGAGGCCAGUGAGGAGGCGAGUUUCGAAUGUGUUGUGGUGGGUAUUGUCUGGAAUAGCAGUUUUGCUCUUCAUUUUUGUUCUGAGCAAAGGGAGUCAGAUUGAGUCGAGGCCGGAGAUACCCAAGAGACCUUACAGGCAUGAUAGAAUUAUGGAAGGUCUCAACAUUACUGAAGAAAUGGUGAGCCCAGACUCCGUCACCAGGCAACUUAGUGACCAAAUUUCUCUUGCAAAAGCUUUUGUCGUAAUUGCAAAAGAAAGCAACAACCUUCAAUUUGCUUGGGAAUUAAGUGCUCAGAUUCGAAAUUCACAGAUCCUUCUCUCAAAUGCUGCAAUAAGGCGAACACCUCUGACAACCAGAGAAUCAGAAACUGCAAUCCGUGAGAUGGCACUUUUACUAUACCAAGCUCAGCAACUCCAUUAUGACAGUGCAACCAUGAUCAUGAGACUGAAAGCAAAAAUUCAAGCACUGGACGAUCAAAUGAGUUCUGUGAGUGAAAAGAGUUCAAAAUAUGGGCAAAUAGCUGCUGAAGAAGUUCCAAAAAGUUUAUAUUGCCUUGGUGUUCGGUUAACGAGUGAGUGGUUCAGAAACUUAAACUUACAGCGGAAGCAUAAGGAAAGAAAGCAAAUAGACAUGAAACUGAAGGAUAACAAUCUUUAUCAUUUCUGUGUCUUCUCAGACAACAUCCUUGCAACUUCAGUUGUGGUCAAUUCAACUGCUUUAAAUUCCAAAAAUCCAGAGAUGGUUGUGUUCCAUCUUGUCACUGAUGAAAUAAAUUAUGCUGCAACGAAGGCUUGGUUUUCCAUGAAUGAUUUUCGAGGAGUGACUAUUGAGGUUCAAAAGUUUGAAGACUUUAGUUGGCUAAAUGCUUCUUAUGUUCCUGUUCUUAAGCAGCUCCAAGACUCUGAAACUCAGAGCUAUUAUUUUUCUGGCAAUAGCGAUGAUGGCCGGACCCCAAUCAAGUUUCGAAACCCAAAGUAUUUAUCCAUGCUUAACCACCUAAGGUUUUAUAUCCCAGAAGUUUUUCCUGCACUGGAGAAGGUGGUAUUUCUUGAUGAUGAUGUUGUGGUUCAAAAGGAUCUCUCUGCACUUUUCUCCAUUGAUUUGAAUAGCAACGUCAACGGAGCCGUUGAGACAUGCAUGGAGACAUUUCAUAGAUACCAUAAGUACUUGAACUACUCUCACCCUCUUAUAAGAGCACACUUUGAUCCCGAUGCAUGCGGAUGGGCCUUUGGGAUGAAUGUUUUUGAUCUGGUUGAGUGGAGGAAAAAAAAUGUAACCGGUAUCUACCAUUACUGGCAGGAACGGAAUGUUGACCGGACAUUGUGGAAGCUCGGUACGCUGCCGCCUGGACUGCUGACAUUCUAUGGAUUGACGGAGCCUUUGGAUCCCUCUUGGCAUGUUUUGGGGUUGGGAUACACCAAUGUUGAUUCUCAGUUGAUAGAGAAGGGUGCUGUGCUGCACUUCAAUGGAAACUCUAAGCCAUGGUUGAAGAUUGGGAUCGAAAAAUACAAGCCCCUUUGGGAGAAAUAUGUUGAUUAUUCUCAUCAUCUAUUGCAACAGUGCAAUUUUCAUUGAUUUUGGACAUUGAAAGUUUUAUCUCUUCCACGGUAAAGUUGGUUUAUACAAGAUAUAAAUUUUGUUCUCAUGAAUGCUUGUAAGCAUGGCUGGUAGUUGUAACAUGGCUAUUCAUUGA